AUGAGUAAGUGUCAGAGGCACUCAGUACAGUUACUGACGGCCCGUACCGUGAACGAUCGCCGUCGUCGACCCGCCGCUGUCGUUGUCACCGUUGAAUCGAGUCGAGUUCGUUUCACCAUGCGUUGCUCUCGAUAAACACAUGCGGUGUAGUUCGCGGAAGAAGUGACAGUGGUUUCGAAUGUGUAUAUGGACGAGGUCGCAACGAUGACCGUUCCACCGACACUGCCGCCGAAGGCUCAGGCCCGGGAUGCGAGUCAGGUUGCCCGACAGACUGUGUCAAUCCGGACUGUUUCCAAUCCCCCCACGGCCACUCUGAGCACAGGGGCCGGAGCAACGGUAUUCGUCGGACUCGGCGCUCCUGGCGUCGAUUCCGCGGCAGCCUGUAGGAGAAGAAUCCCGGAAGUGCAAUCCGCGAACGGCUACGGUAAGCAGAACAGCGUGAAGCCGACGGUGCAGCAGAGCCAGCAACAGCAGCAGAGUACGCAACAGCAGCAGCAGGCCGCGCAUGUGGUGAAGAUCAGGAUCAAUCCGGAUGGUGACAAGAACGGCAGGGUAAUAUCCACCGUACGUCUGACACUGGACGAAAACGUUGGCCACGAAGUCGAGCAGGAGAACGGGAUCGCGUGCGAACGUUCGAGCAAGCGUGACGGUGGUGUGGUCGUGAGUGCGACGAAUCUGGUGAACGAGCAGCAUUGUGGAAGUGCCGGUGAGGCCUGUGUGAGGAUCAGUGUCGGCUGCAACGCCUUCGAACGCAACAACAACAACAACAACGAAAAGCGUAACAGGAACAACGACGGAUCAGAAAAAGACAUGGUCCAGCGCGAUACGUCCGACACCUUGAACAACUCCUCCGCCAACAACCGUUCGAGCGCCUGCUUCUACUACAAUAACACGUACCAGAGCCCGUUAGCCGGGAUGGUGAUGUCCAGCGGACAGUGCUCGCCCAGCGAUACCUUGGACAGCGGAACUUGCAGCGACCUGGACGGCACACCGCCGCCACUGCCCAAGAAGAAGAACGCCAGCACGGUGACACUCGCCAGCGAGCAACACAAACGCACUGGUAGCUUGACUAGUAGCGGCGCGGAAGUGGACAGCGACGAUAACGAGAGCAAUAUCAGCUGCGACUCCUUAAACGCUGGCGAUCUGCAUGACAGUAUAGAGUCCCGAAACGCGAAUGAAAGUAUCAGGGCGUCCCCAGACUUCCAAGACAGCUUCCAGAACGGGGACGUCGAUCAUUCCGCGAAAGAUACGGUUUUGAAUUUGAAUCGACUGGACUUGUCGAGCGAGGGACCCAUGCCACCUGCCACGACACCGGAAGUCGAGUCGAAUUCACGCUCGACGAGCGUCUCACUCAGCGUCUCGCCGUCACCGUCCGCGGCUUCCACCCUGUCGAAAGCGUCCUCCACGCCGAGGAUCAGAAGUCCCGAUCCCGUGAUCGAAUUAAACGGGAAAUCGCCGUCCCCCAUGGUGAAGGAGUGCACCUACGAGGAGAGAAAGCAGGAGCAGGAGAGGAUAGAGCAGGAAUCGGCCGGCGGUGACGUCGACGCGAGCAUCAAUCCCGUGACGGGCAAGAAGUACCUCUACGAGUACGACAGGUUUUACAAGUUCCACGUGAACGAACUGAAGGGCAACAAUAAGGACGCGAGCAGGGGAGUGGUGUUGGGGGAUAAGGACACCGACGAGUGUUUUGCCGGUUACAAGAUCCUCGAUAAGGAAGCCAUACGCAGUGCCAAGGGAACCGUGCGCGGUGUCAAGAACAGAGUACGAGCAGGGAUCGCGACGUUUCUGCAGAAACCCUCCUCGCAGGCGUACAUAAAGAAGGAAUUAGGGAAGGUGGUGGUCUACACGACGACGUCUGGUAUCGUCAGGAAAACGUUCUACAAUUGUAAGAAGGUGAAGCAGAUCCUGAGAACGCACAUGGUCAAGUACGACGAAUUGGAUCUUUUCGGCGACGCAGAGCUGCAAGGCGAGUUGAGGGACCGUUUAGGGUUGACGGCGAUACAAUUACCUCAGCUUUUCAUCGAUGGUCAACACAUUGGGGGCUUUGACACUGUGGAACGGCUCAACGAAUCAGGAGAACUGAGGGACAUGCUUAAGCCUUAUCAGAGUGACGACGCGUGCACCGUGUGCUUGUUCUGCGGCGGUUACCAAUGGCAGCUCUGCCCUGUUUGCAAUGGUAGCAAGAGGUCCGUGCACCGCAACGACUUCACCGCAGAAUUCGUCGCCCUGAAGUGCGCGAAAUGCGACGUGAACGGUCUGAUUCGCUGCCCUCAUUGCUGAAGAACAUGUGGGGGUGACGCGAACCUCGAACGACAUCGUCAAUCCUGGAAGCUGCGAUCGGAUAACUGGCAUACACCUCCCUCUAUUUAAGACUAAGGUGCUACGAGAGUAUAUUGCAUUACACGUUAGGGAACACGUGCUGUCGCGUCGCGGACUACAGAAUCGCUGUAUGUACAGAAGCGGUAGGGAUGUUCGAUUCUUCUAAAAAAUAGAUUCUGCAAUCUAUUUUGAAACUAUUCAAAAUGGAUUUCGCAUUCCUGCAUUAAAUAAUAGAGUUAUAAAAUGGAUUCAUAUCUAGUUGAAACUGUCUAUUUAUACGCCCUAAAAUCGUGAAAAAAUUAUUUACUAAAUGCGUUUUGUUAUUAUUUUUGUUUAUUGUUUGCUUGCGAACAGAGACUGUAAUAUAAUGUAUAUAUAAAAUUUUAGAUGAAUGAAUGUUUUGUCUCACUUCGAAUAUUUGCUAAUAACUGUUGGUCCCCUGUAAAGUUACCCUAAAAUUCUAAGAACUUGUUGUUACAAAAUUUAAUUAUUUCAUUUUAUUAACCAUUUCACAGGAAAAUAGACGAUUCUUCUAAUUCUUUUCAGAUAAUCGAUUCAAAAUAUUAUAUGUAGUCGCUUUAAAAAGUGCUUUUGAAAAUAAGUUUAACACCCGAAUUGUACUUUGUCCCCCUGCACAUUUUAAUUUCGUGAAUGAAUGUUUACCUUACGUGUAUCAUAUAACGCCGCAGGCUUUGUGCAAUAAAGACGUUGAAUAAAAUAAAUAAACAGAUGGAAUCGAGUUUCUGGAAAAUAAAUAAUCUAGAAUAUCGACUUAGAAUCGGACAUCCCUAGAAAUGAUUUCUGCAAUUGGAAAUCUCCGCGCGAGUGGCCGAGAGUCCGUGGCUCGAACGCGUUUCAGAAAUUCGAGAUAAAACUCCACUCGAAAGCUCGACCCCGGCCAUUGGGCACGAUUCGCAAACGCUAAUGGCGCGACUGCGCCCGUGAACUGUAAAAUAUCGGUUAAUAAAGCUUAUCUAAAGUUUUGUAAUACCCAA